AUGUAUAAAUCUAAUCUCAACCACUCAUCUACUCCUUUUUCCUCUCAUUUUCAUAGAACAGGAAAUUUGCGUAAAAUGAAUUCAGCUCUGGAAGAACAUGAAUCCUUCUUUCUCACUUGUGGUGUUUAUCUAAUCUUAGAAAAAUUGAAGUUAAUCGUUUAUCGAAGUUUAUUUAAACGAAUUUGUCAUAUUUUGAAAACUCAUUUACUACCAAUUGAAGUAUUCACUGCUUCAUUACAUUUAAUGGGGGUUGAAGAUAUCGAUCCAGAUGAAACGGAAUGUAUCCUAGCCAAUUUAAUUCAUGAGGGUAAAAUCAAAGGUUACCUGGCACAUCAACAACAAAAAUUGGUUGUCAGUAAACUGCAAGCCUUCCCUCCGUUGACAAGUGGUGUGGCUAGUAGUUUAAAGUGA